AUGAAGAGGUCGCCUGAAGACGCGUUGGGCGUAUCGGCAGAUCGUCUGACAUGUGCCGAGCGUUGGGAGAAGAUUUUGGAGCAACAAGAGCGAGACGAAGGUCGCCUAGACUCUGGGGUGACAGACGAGGACGCGUUCAAGAUCCAAUUCUCCGGAGACUCGUCAGACGGUGGCUCAGCAAGCGAUGGUGACAACAGCGAUGCCAACGAAGAGUCAGCUGGACGCCCACAGGAAUUACAAGGUCUAACAAAGGUUAUGAACACAUUCUUUGGUUCUAGACGGUGCCUGGUGCCGAAGGUGCUGCAUCAAGUACAGUGA